AUGGCGCAUCACUGCUCGUCCUCCCUCCAUGACGCCUCUCGGCACAACGUUCUCUCUUUCUCAAUCGAACCCAGGAACCUCAAAGCUCCGUCUCUCAAGUCCCUCCGGUCUCUCAACUCUCUAUGCGUCCUCCUCUCGUCAAGCGCCAUCUCGGUCCUCCUUCUCGGUUCCAUCCGUCUGAACACUCAGGCUUUCUGUCAGCGUGGGAUCCCGCCUCUCCCUCGCUCUGCACAGUCACCCGUCUCAGAUCGUACUUCCACUCCUCCACCUCGACUCAUCUCUCUCGUCGUCGGCUCUCUUUCCAUCUCACCUCACAGCCUGCCCUCUCUCGUCAGACGCCUACCUCUCCGGGUCCAGUCACGUUCGUGGAAUCAUCCCAUCGCGCGCCGACCCUUCAGGCCUCUCCCCCAGACUCGGCUCUGUCUCGUGUCGAAUGAGCGGCUCUCAUCUCUUCUCAAAGCGUCGACAUCAUCCGCUCAAACAUCGCUCUCAGUGCAGACUCCGGAUCUAAAUUCUAACCCUCUAAAUCCGGCGUCUCCCAGCUGCAGUCAUCAUCAACACCGGUCCUUCUCGAUAAUUUUCUCUCCUCCUCAGUACUCUCUCACCUCACUCCUCAUCUCCUCAUCUCUGGAAGCUCAGUUCGGCUCCCACCCACUCUCCAUCGGCUCUCCAGUCUCCUAUCCCCUCAAAUCUUCAUCCUCCGUCCCUCCUCAUCUCGAGUCUGUCUUUCGACUCUUCUCUCUUGCGCUCUCGCUCUCAGUCACACAUGGCCUCUUGGAGAGCCGCGUGCUCAUGGAUCUAUAA